AGAAAACGUCAGAACCUCUUGUUCAGAAUAAGAAAACUAAAACAGGAGAAUAAGGAUAAAAUCCACCAGUGCUUCACACGGGAUGGAAAAAUUCUAGUGAGGAAAACAAAUUGUAUUAUGCCGGGUAGCAGCCGUUAGCAUGACGUCACGGCCUGCUGCCACACUCCACAGUGACUCCUCGGUGCUCAUCUGGCUGCCAUGCCUUGAUUGUCGGCUCGGGUCAUCCAGCUCAUGCAGAAUAAAGAUAAGAUCUGCAGUGAACUUGUGAAGACUGGAGACGUCACCUGGACCUCUCUGACUACACUGUUCUCCCUUCCACAUGUAGCCAACCACCCAGUCAGCUACACACCAUUCAAGCUACCUUCUCCCGGUUAUAAUUACACUAGUAUUAGUGGUGGUUCUUGACUGGCUACUUAACUGCUUCAAUAUUAUUGUGGUGGUUAGAGGAUCACAAUCGACCUCUGGUUAACCAAAUCUUUACUGGUGUUGGGGACACUACUGCUUCUACACUCAUAACCAGCUGUGACCCCCCCCCCCCAUCAUCAACAACGGCUCGGAGUUCCCAACCACAAUUCAGAGCUAUGUGCCCUGAACAUUGGCACCACACCAUUCUAUGCUACAUUUUGUACAUAUUAGCUUUGAGUCACUAAUUAUUUAUAUAUUUAAUUUUUGCUUAAAGUUAUUUAUUUCAUUUUUGCUUCAAUUAGGAUUAAUUUCAUGUUUGAGUGUUUUAUAUUCUUUACUCGUUUUCUUGAUUAAUAAUAUUGUUUAUCUUAUGCUAUUAUUUAAUUUUGUAUCUUUUUAUUUCCAUAAGGAGGAGCCAGCCUUAUCAAAUACUCAGAGGUUCUGAUAGGGCUGAGAGAACCUUCACUUACUAGUGAAGUGGCGACCUUGCCAGGAUCAUCCACAAAUUCAGACACAGUUGGAACGCCAACAUCAACGUCGAAGCCUUAUUACACACAGACUUAGCAGACGGUUACAACCACCCAAUAAGUAAUCAUUUUCUAUGGUAGGACUACAGUACAGGUAUUUAAAAGAUGUGGUGAUUGUUAUAGUCUCAAUUUUGUAUAAGUCAAAUCAGGGCAGGAUAUAACUAGUAAUUACUGCCACCGUUUGUUUUGGAGCUUGAAGCAAUUUCGAGGGAUAGACUCUAGGGACCUAAGAUUUUCCAAGGACAAGUUACUUCACUGAGCUCUACUUAUUAUAUCAAGGAAAUUGUUUUAGGACACUCUAGAUUUAUUGGUGAGAAGAUUGGAUGGUCAAUGGACCCCUUUCUACUUACUAGUUUGAUCAGAGCCGGAAUAGAACCCUCCAUUUUCUUUAAUAUCUGUUUCAAUUUUGCUAGUAGUUAAGUUUGCAAGCAUGGAGGAAUAUCAGUUUUGGUUGAACACCAUCUCUUUAAGGGGGGCUCCUUAUCGUGGUAAAGAGGAUAUCAGUCUGAGGAAUUGGACCUCUUGGUCUUCUUCCUCUGACCGAACCUAAUUACCCCCCAAUCCCCCCUUCCCUAUCCCUUCCACCCCAUUCCCCCCUUUUUUCCCUUCCCUCUCCCAACCCUCCCCUUUUCCCCAUCCCAUUUGUAGCCUCUAGGAUUCUUCCCUCUGGCAUUGUGGUUUCUAGGUGGGGGUGGCAUGCUGGGGUUCUUCUCCCUCAAUGAGGUCCCUCGGGGGUGGUGUGGUUUGCCAUGAAAUCUGAAUUGUCUGAGGAUGCCCUACUCCCUACCCAGUUUCCAGGUUGUGGGUGGGGUGCCCUUUGGAUGAUGGGUGUAUCUCCGAUAGCUGCCUGCCGGUUCUAGGGGGUGACAGCCGAAGGAGGUAUGCUUUGUGGCGGGCUUCCGACCAUCCUUUCUUUUGUCCGCUGAGGUAGCUUGGUGAGGCUUGUGAGGCUGCUAUCCCAGAGCGCAGGUUUACUGGCAUGAAGGGUAGGGUAUGGCACGGGUUCCAUGCUGCAUUUUCACUGCCAAUAGGCUCGAGGUCCUCUCAGAUGAGGGGAGGAGCUUUUGGCCCCUCCAUACCUCCUAGCAACUGUCCCUCUGCUGUACCUCUUUUUUAUUCUUUCCUUCUUUCUUUUUUUCUUAAAAUAACAAGAAAGGAGAUAUCACAGACAUUGCACCUAUUAUUAUGGAAUCUUCACCUGGUGUAACCCUCUGUCCUCCCAGACCCCAUUCUGAUCCCACACCCUGUUCUGACCCGGCUUCAUUAUUGGACCAUUCUCUCGACUCUUCUCAUACCCCUGUACCUUCUGCCGGUGACGCUUCAUCAUCUGCUUCAGGUGCUUCAGGUCAUACCACUGUUUCUAGCACGACUUUCACAAUGCGUCCGGCUUCCCCAAAUGCAGUGCGACAGUUCUCGGAUCACCCACCUCCCUCGGGUCAGACCACCCACGGUUCUACUCCUAAGCAUCCACGACAACCUACUGACGACAAUUCAUCAAUGACCGCUCAAAAAUGACCUACAUGACACUCACUACCUUUGAAUACUGGACUAAUGAGUACACAAUGGACAAAAUUCUUUUCUUUACAAACAAUAUCUCAAACUGAUUAUCUUUCUGACCACAGAAUUGGUAAAGCUCUUUUACAGCAUGUUGGUCAAAAUAUAUCUUUCCAUGCUCUUCGAAGCAGAGCACGUGUCAUAACAAUGCAGAAUUUAGAGCAAGCCCAUGCCCUCUCCUGCAUCACUUCCAUAGAUAACAUACCAGUCACUGCUUGUAAGCAUGUUACUCUUAAUUCUUGCAGUGGUACUGUGGUCUUGCCAUGUACCGUUGUACAGAGUGAUUUUUUUGUCUUGUGGCGAGGAUAUUUUAGAACAAUUAGCCCUUCAAAACCUCCCUAUCCUCAAGAUAGAUACGUACAUCCUGCCUGCUAAUGGGUGGAGGUGCUUUCCUAGUAACAUCACUCGUUUAACCUUUGACUGCUGUGAGCUUCCGUCCUCUGUAUUGCUGGCCAUCGUCUUGAGGUCCAUCAAGUUGUUCCCACUCCCCAACAGUGUCGUAAUUGCUGGCAUUUUGGACACCCUGCUAAACACUGCAGAUCUGCAGCAGGAUGCCCGGUCAGUGGUGCAGCAGAUCAUUCCAAUAUGUCGUGUAGUCUUCCCCCAUCUUGUCUUAAUUGCAGGAGCCUCAUCUUUCCUUUUCAUGCCGUUGCCAGGUUUAUCAUAAUGAACGAGAGAUCCUUUAUCGUAAGGAGUGUGAGGGCCUCACUUACACUAUGGCUGUCUCUCAGCUCCGCCUUCAAGGUAAACUCCCUCAUGUCCUGUAUGCUCAGGUAGCCCGAAGACCUCCAACAUCGACGAUCCUCCCACUUCUCAGUCUCUCUGCAUCUGUGUCUUCCGGGGUUGCCCCAGUUUCUAAUUCUUGACUCUCCUAUCUCCACACCACUUCCUCCUUCUACUUCUUCAUCUCACUUGCUUCCUUCUCAAUCUAUGCAAUCUAUGAAACCUUGCAGACCUUCGCUUUCUUUUCAUCCAUCACCUGCACAAAAUAUAUCUCCUACCUCAGAGCCUCAUUCUCACCCUCUUUCCAGCUCUCACAUGAAGGUAGAGGUUCACCCUCCUUCUCAUGAAGUCUCCUCUUCUUCUGUUCCCCCCUGUCUUCCUUCAUAGUUACCCUCCAGCCUCCUUCCUCUCCUGUUACACUGCAGGCCUCUUCUACUCCAGCCGAUGCAUCUCUCCAGGUUCGUACUCCCUGCCCCCUUCAGACCUCUUUGGUUACCUCUGUAGUUCCUCCAACCUUUCCUUGCAAUGCCUCUCCUGUCUCUGACAUCAUGGUAUCAUCGGCUUCCUUAACGACUGAGACAUUAGAUGCUAUUUCCAGCUAUAUUGCAGAGACAACACCUCUGAUGGACACCAGGACUCCCUCCACUCCUUCUAUUCACGACCCUCGCAACAAUCUAUUCCUCCGUAACAUUCACAUUCUUCCUUGCUUACAUGCUUACCGUUACCCCUACACGUUGACUUUACAGAUCCUAAUAGCCCAUAGGUUUUAUCAUUUUUUAUUGUUGCCAGUUUUAUUUCUGUACAUAAUGUCUUUUUUACAAUGGAAUAUUCGUGGCCUUAGGGGCAAUCAGGGAGAACUCCAGGUGUUGCUCUUCUAGUUGUCCCCAGUAUGUAUUGGGUUGCAAGAGCCCAAAAUUCGUUCUGCUGUCAUUCACCCCAUUUCAGGCUACAUGCUAUUAUAUUCUUCAGAUCCUUUAGCUGACAAAUCUUUUAAUGAAAGCAUGCUUCUUUUGUGCAUUAAUAUACCGUAUCAACAAGUUUUUAUUCGUUCCCUGUUGCAUUAUACUGCAGCUCGGAUUUAUUUACACAGAUGGCUUACAGUUUCCUCUCUGUAUCUCUCUCCCUCCUGUGCAUUCUGUAUCUCUGGUAUUGCAUUUUUAAUUUCUUCUCUUUUCCACCCAUCUUGCUGUUGGGUAACUUUAACGCUCACCAUCACCUGUGGGGAGGGUCCCACUGCAACUCACGUGGUGAUCACUUGGAGACUCUUCUCACUUCUUACCCUCUUCAUGUUUUAAAUACAGGUGCUCCUACCCAUUUUGACUCUCACACUCAGUCUCUCUCCUGCACUGAUCUUUCCAUCUGUUACUCACCCAUUGCACUUGAUUUCAUGUGGUCUGUUCUUCCAGAUUUACAUGAUAGUGAUCACUUUCCUAUCCUUCUUACUUCUGCUACAUAUACCCAACCGUUUCGUAACCUUCGUUGGCAAUUUGCUCGAGCAGACUGGGAAUUAUACUCCCGUCUUACCACCUGUUGCAAGGACCCCCUUUCGUCGUCUAUUGAUGAACUGGAGCACCAAUUUUCGACCUUAUUCUUGACUGCGGCAACUAGUUCCAACCCCCAAACCUCAGGUAGGCAUUCUCAGACAUGCGUACCUUGGUGGGCUCCUACGUGCGCCUGCACAGUGUGUUUAAAACAUGCUGCAUAUGACCGUUAUCGACAUAACUGUACCGCAGAGCGUCUGUUGGAUUUUAAACAGGCAAGGGCAGCUGCUUGCCACAUCAUACAUGAAGCUAAUGCGCUUGUUGGCAAGACUGCGUGUCUUCCAGUACCUUGUCUUCCCCUAUGUGCGCGAUUUGGGAAAAGGUGCAGAAAUUGUAUGGUAGGUACACUCCAGACCCAGCUCCCAUUUUGUGGGUUGCCACAGAAAUUGGGAACUAUCUUGUCUGUAUCUCCCGAGGGCUUCACCUCUGUCCCUCAUUUCUUACACCUAAACCUACCAGAGAGCAAUUUCCCUUAGAUUUCUUCUCCAAUGGAUUGGAGCCAUAUAAUGUACCUUUUACUCUUCUAGAGUUGGAGUCCAUGCUUUCCAUGUGCCGGCCAUCGGCACUGGGACCUGACGAUAUCCACAUCAGUAUGUUACACCAUCUCCAUUCUACGGCUCUUCCUGUUCUUUUAAGUCUUUUAAAUCUAAUUUGGGAGCAAGGGGUUCUCCCACAACACUGGAAAUCAGCUAUUGUACUACCGUUCCGCAAACCUGGCACCUCAGGGCUUGACACCUUUCACUAUCGUCCCAUUACCCUGACCAGUGUGGUCUGCAAGGUGAUGAAAUGAUUGGUGAAUAGACGUCUGAUGUGGUUCUUAGAGACACACAAUAGCCUUUCCCCUUACCAAUAUGGCUUUCACAAAGGCCUCUCUACUUUAAACCACCUGCUCCACUUCGAUACAUAUAUUCGAAAUGCUUUAUUAACAACCACUCUGUCCUAGUGAUCUUUUUCGAUCUAGAGAAGGCAUAUGACACCACUUGGAGGUAUAACAUUCUAGCCCAAGCCCACUCCUUAGGCCUCCGCAGUAAUCUACCAAACUUCAUCGCUGCUUUCUUGUCCAAUAGACAUUUUCAGGUCCGUACCGGAGCCUUGCUUUCCUCAGACUUUGUACAAGCCGAAGAAGUCCCUCAAGAAUGUGCCCUCAGUGAUACUCUUUUUCUCUUAGCUAUAAAUAACCUACCUUUCAUUCUUCCUUCGCAUAUUUUGUCAUCACUUUAUGUUGAUGACUUUGCCAUAACUUACUCGGGCGCUGACUGUCGACUGGUAGCAACCUCCCUUCAGGUAGUGAUAGACCGAGUCUCCCAUUGAACCACUUCUCAUGGCUUUAAAUUUUCCAGUACAAAAAGCCGAUUCAUUACCUUCACUAGACGCCCGCUGAUACCGGACACUCCCUUGUACUUACACGGUUCAUGUAUUCUGACAUGUGGUACGGUCAGGUUUCUGGGCCUGCUCUUUGACCGCCAGCUGACGUGGAAACCUCACAUUUCUUCGUUAAAGACAACUUGCCAUAGUCGGCUAAACCUUCUUAAGGUUCUUGCACAUCGUUCAUGGGGAGCAGAUCGCCGCACUCUCCUUCAUUUGCAUUCCACCCUAGUCUUGUCCAAACUAGAUCAUGGUGACUAGAUCUAUUCUGCUGCUUCUCCUGCAACUCUAUCUAAGUUAUAUCCUAUUCAUCACCAAGGUCUCUGCCUGUGCCUUGGUGCCUUUCGUUCAUCCCCUGUUGAGAGCCUCUAUACAGAGGCGAAUUUUUCAUCCUUGUCUGAUCGCUCAUUGCCUUCACUAUUAUGUUCAAUCCCAUGACCUCUACAAUCCUUCUGUAUGUAGGACAGUCACUGAUGUUAGUAAACGUUCUUUAUUUGUUUGUCGCCCCUGUUUACUCCAUCCCUUUUCUCUCCACCUACAUUCGCUCUUGUCUUCUCUUCAGUUACCACCUCUCACUUUUCCCCGCCCCUGUGGGAAGUUCCGGCUGUUCGUGUCUGUUCUCUCUUUUUCUUGAACACUUCUGCUCUCAUUCUCAUGCUAUCACAGUGUACACCGAUGGUUCUAAGUCUUCUGAUGGCGUCAGAUUCGCAGCAGUGUUUCCAGUGUUGUGCAAGGGCAAUUAUUACCCUCAACUAGCAUUUUUAUGGCUAAAUUGUAUGCCAUUCUGGUAGCACUUAUCCAUAUUGCAUCUAUGCCUGUGUCACCAUUUGUGGUCAUUUCAGACUCCCUUAGUGCUUUACAGGCUAUAUAAAAAAUUGAUACACCUCACUCCCUAGUUCUUCGUAUCCAACUUUGGUUAUGCCGUGUCUCUAGCAAACAGAGAUAUUGUUUUUUCCUGGGUCCCUGGUCAUGUUGAUGUACAGGACAAGGAACAGGCAGACUGCUGUGCGGUCAGCAGUACAUGACCUCCCAGUUUCAUAUAGAGGUGUUCCAUUCAUGGACUAUUUUGCUGUAAUUGCUACCCAUUUUCACACCCGUUGGCAACAACGUUGGUCUGAUCUGCUCCAUAACAAACUUCAUUCUGUUAAGCCAAGUAUAGGCUUCUGGCCAUCUUCUUGUCAUCGGUGUCGAGGUUGGGAGACUACUCUCUCCUGUCUUCGCAUCGGCCACACUCGUCUUACUCACGGGUAUCUCAUGGAGAGGCGUCCUGUUCCUCUCUGUGAGAAUUGUCAAGUUCCAGUAUCUGUUAGCCACAUUCUGUUAGACUGCCCACUCUAUGAAUGAGCAAGCAGAAUAUACCUUCAACGUCGUCUCUGCUCUGCUGCCCUUUCCUUACCUUCCCUUCUUGGUGACGGACCCUCCUUUAAUCCAGACUCUCUCACUGCCUUUUUGACAGCAACUGAUUUACUACACAAACUCUGAUGAUGAUGUCUCUGGCACUCUUCUUAGCCCUUUCCAUCUUAAUCUCUAGCUACCCUAUACCCCAGCACUAUCCACUGCCUCACAACACUUCGUAACCUAAUAAUCAUCCCUUUCCCUCUUACUACCCGUUACCUCUGCAUCCUUCCCUGCUCUGCUGCACUGUAUGACCCUUGUGGUUUAGUGCCUCUUUCUGAUUAUAAUAAAAAUGUUUGAACACCGGAAGUAAUUUGGGAAGAAUCUUGAAUCUUUUAUUACUGCUAAGAUUCAAGAAAGGAUUAAAUUGAGAGAGGAGAGAACUGAGAGAAGAGAAAAAGGAGAAGGAAUUGAGAGAAAGAAGACAAAAAGGAGUGAGACAGACUUGAUCAUGAAGAGAGAGCUAGAGUAUGCAUAGAAAGGGCACAGAAAGAGCAAAGAUAGGGAACGGGAAGAAAAAGCUAGAGAGCUUGAACUAAAAGAAAGAGAAAGAUCAUGAGGUAGAGAAACCACACCUUGAGUUGGAAAAUAGGAAGUUAGUAUUCAUGCAACAGAAAUUAGAAGAAGGGGUAAUAGAAGCAUUCUGCAGUCCAAAUGUUCCUAUGCCUAAUUUACCUCCCUUCACAUAGGGUGAAGAUAUAACUUCAUACAUUGUUAGGUUCGAAAAUACCUCUACCCUCUGUGAAUGGCCCUUUGAUACCUGGGCUCCCAGGUUAGGCAUGUUAUUUUCUGGUACAGCAUUAAAUAUCUAUGCCACUAUCACAGGAGAUCAUUUGUGAUUAUAACUUAAGAAGGCAAUCCUUAAAGCAUACCAGAAGACCCCGAACUCUUAUAGAAAGGAUUUCAGGUAUGCUGCAUUAAAGCUCGGCCAAAAUAGUUUUAGAGACUGUAAUGACAAGGCACCAUUCUGCUCUGGAACAGUUAAUGGAAUUUAUGUAUCAACAUAUUACAUGACACGAUGUAAGUGCAUCGUAAUUUCUAACAAGCUGUUCCCUGUCCUUAAAACCACUCAUGUCUCUGCUAUCCUUUCAGACAACUUGGGCCAUACAGACACAUUCCCUACCAUCCAUUGUUACAUAAGAUCUCAGUGGUUCACAGGCUGGACUGAUGCCGUACUAGCCCCCAUCACCUCUUGCUCUGUACUGAUAGGUAAUGUAAAAGGUGCCGUUCUUCCUCCCGAGGCUGACCUUUCGUCACCUUCAGGGGGACCUAAGUUCUUCAGCUCCUCUUCCUAAAAGUUCGAGAAACUCCUUGAGAGUUUCGUUCCGGAAAUGGGAAUUUCUCAUGAUAAUAUUCAUUUGAAGGUAUAAACAGAUUAUACUGCCCUCGAAAGUGAGGUAGCAGGAACAUCUGUUCACUUGUUGGAUGAAAGGGAGGAUAUCGCCUCCGAUACUAUAAAUGUCUUGGCUAGGACUCAGACCAAAGUUCAGGCUUCUCCUACUAUUCAUCCUUUGAUUUUCCCAGACUUUAAGCCUCUGGAAAUAUCCAAGGAUGACUUUGUCAAUUUACAAAGUAACUGCCCUUCACUUCAGAAUUGCUAUAAUUCUGCUAUAAAGAAAAGUUAUCUAAAGGAGAAACUUUUCAUAUAAUUUGAGUAUAUUAAGAGUAUCUUGUAGAAAUCUGUGUUUAAAGCUAAUUCCAGUGAGCAAACUAUUCCAUUUUGGUUGUUCUGAGCCAUUGCAGAGAGACUGUUCUUAAAAUGUCCUGCCAGUGGCCGGACAUUUUUCUCAUCGUAAAACCUUGAAUAAAAUUAAGGAAGUAUAUUUUUGGCCUAAAAUGUUCUCUGAUAUUACUACACACUGUAGAUCAUGUCAAUUUGGCAGCUGUCAUCCUCCCGAGGUCCCCGGCGAAUACCUGUGGGCAAAUUCUUUACAGUAUCUUUUGAGAGAGGAGCUAUUGACUUCGUUGGUCGUUUAUCACCACUUUCAUCUGGAGGACAUAGAUAUAUUCUAACAUUAGAAGAUAAUGCUUCGAGUUUCCCUGAACCCUUACCCUUGAAAUCUAUAACUACUGCAGAGGUAGUUGAAGCUCUUCUAUUCAUCUUUUCCAGGAUUGGCAUCCCCAGAGAGAUUUUGUUGGAGUUUCGUACACGGUUCACCUCUGCCCUAAUGCAGCAACUUUGCCAACUUCUGGGAGUAAAACCUCUCUUCACCACACCAUAUUAUCCUAGCUGUAAUGGGAGGAUUGAGCGCCAGCACUCCAUUCUCAAGUUCAUUUUAAAGAACUUUGCUUCCUUAAGCUUAAGGAGUGGCAUCGUUAUCUACCCUGUGCUUUGUUUGUCAUGAGGGAAGUUCCCAGUGACUCUUUAGGUUCUCACCCUUCGAACUUCUCUAUGGUAGACAGGCCAGAGGUCCUUUGUUCAUCCUUCAUGACUUGUAGACUAAUGAGGAGGGAAAUGCUGAGGUUCAGUCUUAUCAGUUUCUCCUUGACCUAAGAUCCAAACUUGAGGAGACCUCUGACAUAGUUGCUAAAAACCUAAACUUACAUGGAUCAAUAUAAAACUUAUUUUGAUACCAAAAGUCAGAAGUUUUAAAGUAGGGGAUGAAGUUCUAGUGUUGUUACCAACAAAAUCAAAUAAAUUAUUGGUAGCUUGGAAAGGUCCUUAUAAAGUUUUGAAGAUUUGUGGGAAGGUUGAUUACCUCAUAGAGGUCAAGGGAAGCCCAAGGUUUAUCAUAUAAACAUUCUUAAGAAAUAUUACAGAAGAAUUUCUGUCAAUUGCCUUAAUAACAUUGAUUUAGUUUUUUCACACAAACAGGAUACGGAAACUGAAGAGUGCAAUGUGUGCGUAACUGACAAAUCUAAUUUUGAAGAUGACAAGGAACUGCGUGAUGUGGUGGCUCUUGAAUCCUCUGUUACUACAGUUGUAAAUAUCAACGAGUCUUUAGAUGAUCAUAAGAAAAAUGAACUACUGAAAUAAAUUGAUAUUGCGCAAGCAUGUCACCAAGUCAUGUUAGAUCCCUCCUCUAAUCCGAUUUUCCUAUCACCAAGGACUGAUGCAGUAUAGAACGAUGCCCUUCUGCCUGGUGACAGCCUGUGCUACCCACCCUUGAUUGUCGGCUCGGGUCAUCCGGCUCCUGUGGGAUAAAGAUGAAGGCAGCAGUGAUCUAGUCAAGAUCGGAGACGUCACCUGGACCUCUCUACUUACACUGUUCUCCCUUCCACAUGUAGCCAACCACCCAGUCAACUACACACCAUUCAAGCAGUCUUCUCCCAGUCGUAAUUACACCAGCGUUCAUGAUGGUUCUUGACUGGCUACUUAACUGCUUUAACAUUAUUGUGGUGGUUAGAGGAUCACAAUCAACCUCUGGUCAACAGACUCUUUACUAGUGUUGGGGGCACUAUCUACUGCUUCUACAGUCACGACCAGCUGUGACCCCCUGCCCCGUCAACAACAGUUCGGCGUUCCAAACAAUAAUUUAGAGCUACGUGUCCAGAACAACGUCACGGCACCAUUCUACACUACAUCUUCUAUAUAUUAGUUUUGAAUCACUAAUUAUUUAUUUCAUUUUUUCUUCAAUUAGGAUUAAUUUCAUGUUUGAAUUUUAUAUUCUUUACUCAUUUUCAUCAUUAAUAAAAAAAUUUAUAUUA